CAAAUGCAUCCUAAGAAAGGAAAGGCUUAACCUCGAGGAAGACGGCGUCGUUCUCUAACGCAGCCUCUUCCCACGGUAUAUUCCCCUCGAACCCUUUGCUACUAUCCGUCGAGCGCGUCAUUCCCUGCGCUGCCCUCUGCCGCCCCAUCAUUCAAUCGAAUUCAUACCUUGAUUCAAUGUCUCAGCCAUAAAAUUGCAUAAUAAGACGCUGCCUGCUCUGCAGAUACAGCUUCGGAUCACUCACGAAGUGUCAAAUUUUGUUAUUACGGCUUCGGUUUUGGGGGUCUUUAGGGGCUCAAUAAUCCGUAUAUUUGCUGAGUUUCGUCAGGUGUACCUUAAUUUUGGGGAACCCCUUUCUUUUUCACCCUUUCAUUCCUUUGUUUUCCUCGAGUGAAAAGAAGACCUAAAAACUAUUCAUUAAUCUUGUCUGCACUGAUUAUCAGUAGAUAGGCUGCAAGAGAAGAGAAUCUCAGCAGUAUCUUUUGCUUCUCGGAUGGCUGCAGAUCCCUCUCACCAUGGAUUAUAUGACGCUGGAACUCAAGAGAACGCAGAAGAAGGUGGUGGUAGUUGGUAUUUCUCUAGGAGAGAGAUAGAAGAAAAUUCUCCUUCUAGACAUGAUGGCAUUGAUUUGAAGAAGGAGACUUACUUGCGGAAAUCGUAUUGCACUUUCUUACAAGAUCUGGGUAUGCGACUUAAAGUGCCUCAGGUGACCAUUGCUACUGCAAUAAUAUUUUGUCAUCGUUUCUUUCUUCGUCAAUCUCAUGCCAAAAAUGAUAGGAGGAACAUUGCCACUGUAUGCAUGUUUCUUGCCGGGAAGGUUGAAGAAACACCUCGACCCUUGAAAGAUGUUAUACUUGUGUCAUACGAGGUUAUUCAUAAGAAGGACCCGGCAGCAAUACAAAGGAUUAAGCAAAAGGAAGUCUAUGAACAACAAAAAGAACUGAUUUUGGUGGGAGAGAGGGUAGUUCUGGCUACCCUUGGUUUUGACCUUAAUCUGCUUCAUCCAUAUAAACCCCUUGUCGAGGCAAUUAAAAAAUUCAAGGUUGCACAAAAUGCACUUGCUCAAGUUGCAUGGAAUUUUGUUAAUGAUGGGCUUCGGACAUCUUUAUGCUUGCAAUUUAAGCCCCACCACAUUGCAGCAGGUGCCAUUUUCCUUGCUGCCAAGUUUCUCAAAGUUAAGCUCCCACAUGAUGGUGAGAAGGUUUGGUGGCAGGAGUUUGAUGUCACCCCACGUCAAUUGGAGGAGGUGAGCAACCAAAUGCUAGAACUAUAUGAACAGAACAAAGCACCACCACCUUCUCAUGCCAGUGAAGCAGAGGAAAGUGCUGCUGUAGCAGCAGCAGGAGGUACCCAAAGGCCCACAGGUUCUUCUGUUGCAAAUGAAGAGAACAACAACAUUUCUUAUGGUGGUAGUGCAAAGACAGGGACCUCCAUAGCGUCCUCCUCCCAUAGGCCAAUUCCUGAUCAUUUACAUGCUGAUAAUCAUGUCAGGGGGGGAGGUCAGAACCACAUCAAUGAUUAUGAAAGUUCUGAGAAAAGCAUUUUGGAACGACGCGGUGAUGAUGGUGGCAAGUCAAGUGAUAAGCGGAAUCAUGAAAGAGAGCCACCAUUGCCGUAUCAUGGUGAAGAUGAGCUAGUAGAAGGAAAUGCCGCCGUCAUUGCAUCAUCAAGCAAGCUGCACAAUGGUCGGGCCUUGGAACACAAGGAUGUCACAACAGUUGUCCAGUCACCGCAAGAGGUUAUCAUCAAGAAGAUUGACAAAGACAAGGUCAAAGCGGCACUAGAGAGAAACAGGAAGUCUCGUGGGGAUGCAGCCAGGAAGGUAGAUGUGUUGGAUGAUGAUGAUCUCAUUGAAAGAGAGUUGGAGGACGGGAUAGAAUUGGCUGCCGAGGCCGAAAAGAGCAAGCGGGAAAGAAGACAGAGUUGGUCUAAGCCUUCAAACAGGCCAGAUCAUGACAACACAAUGAAGCACCAUCAAGAGACUUCCACAGGCAAUAGGCAUUACGACCAUCACCACCACCAAGAAAUGAAAGGAGAGGGUCAGUCUUUGGAAAAUGAUGAAGAUUACAAGAAUAAUAACAAUGUAGAAGAAGGGGAAUUGGAACCUUAUAUUGGGGAUGAUGAUGCUGACAAGGGGGGGUAUCAGUCGCCCAAGUCAGUCAACCGUAAGAGAAAGGCAAGUAGUCCUCUGGAGGAGGGAAAGCAGCGUCACGAGUACAUGUCUUCAGCAACUCACAAUCACACAUACCAUGACUUUCCAGACGACCGGAAUAGGAGCGGGAGACUUGGUGGUUAUUCAGAGAGGGACCACAAAAGGCACCCACAGGAGAACCAUGUGUAAAAUGUUGUCUUAUUGCUGAACGCUGUUGAAGGUUGUUUUGGUCAAGCAAAGCUCUAUAAAGCGAGUAUGUUGUUUGCUGACCUGCGAGUAUAUUAUGGAGAGCUUAUAUCUUCAACUGGUCUGGGUUUGAUCUGAAGUGGUGGGUUGCUGCUGGAUUGCUGUGUUGAUUGAAGUCCGUGGUUUUGCAUGGUAUACAUUUUUGGGACAGUAUUAAUCCUCAAUUGGUUGCACAAAAUCUAAUGAAAAUGUUACACUAAUAUUUUUUGUUUGGGAUUUGGGAACAUUCCAUCCCCCCCUAUCCUCCCCUGCAUUUUCUGUCUCCAAUCAUACGUGUUGAAAUAUCCAAGGAGCUGUUGUAUUUUAUGGUAGCUGAGCAAGUUAGCCAAGGACACCUAAGCCUUAAGUACGUAUUUGAUCUGUUUUUGCACACAUUAAUUCAUUUACCAUGUGUAAAAAAAACUUCAUGGACUGGGUACUUCAAAUUGAAAUGGAAAUCGAUGCAGAUCUUAGCGAUCAAUGCACGAGAAGAAUGAAUUG